CGCCCCCCGCCCGCGCGCGGACCGGCCCAGCGGAGCCCCGGCGCGGGGAAGCGCCGGCCGGGCGAGGGCGAUGCCGCGGUGACGGCCCCGCCAUGGCGAAGCCCGCAGCGACGGCGGCGGCGGCGUCGGAGGAGCUGAGCCAGGUGCCGGACGAGGAGCUGCUCCGCUGGAGCAAGGAGGAGCUGGCGCGGCGGCUGCGGCGCGCGGAGGGCGAGAAGGUGGGCCUCAUGCUGGAGCACGGCGGCCUGAUGCGCGACGUGAACCGGCGGCUGCAGCAGCACCUGCUGGAGAUCCGCGGCCUCAAGGACGUGAACCAGCGACUGCAGGACGACAACCAGGAGCUGCGCGAGCUCUGCUGCUUCCUCGACGACGACCGGCAGAAGGGGCGCAAGCUGGCGCGCGAGUGGCAGCGCUUCGGGCGCCACGCGGCCGGCGCCGUGUGGCACGAGGUGGCCCGCUCGCAGCAGAAACUGCGCGAGCUCGAGGCGCGCCAGGAGGCCCUGCUGCGCGAGAACCUGGAGCUCAAGGAGCUGGUGCUGCUGCUGGACGAGGAGCGCGCGGCACUGGCGGCGACGGGGGGCUCAGGCGGCGGCGGCGGCGGCGGCGGCGGGGGCGGCGCCGGCUCCCGCAGCUCCAUCGACAGCCAGGCCAGCCUGAGCGGGCCGCUGGCGGGUGGCGCGCCCGGCGCGGGGGCCCGCGACGUGGGCGACGGCAGCAGUACGUCCAGCGCGGGCAGCGGCGGCAGCCCGGACCACCACCACCAUGUCCCACCCCCGCUGCUGCCCCCUGGGCCGCACAAGGCCCCCGAAGGCAAGGCAGGAGCAACACGUCGGUCCCUGGACGACCUGUCGGCGCCGCCGCACCACCGCAGCAUCCCCAACGGUCUGCACGAUCCCUCAUCCACCUACAUCAGGCAACUGGAGAGCAAAGUGAGGCUGCUGGAGGGUGACAAGCUCCUCGCACAGCUGCCCCGCCCCUAUGGCCGCCCGAGAAGCUGGCUUCAGCAGGCAGGCUCUGGAGAGUGCCGCACGCUGCGGAAAGGCUUCUCGCCCUACCAUUCAGAGUCGCAGCUUGCGUCCCUGCCGCCCUCCUACCAGGACUCCCUGCAGAACGGCCUGGCCUGCCCCGCACCUGAGCUGCCCUCGCCCCCCUCUGCUGGCUACAGCCCUGCAGGACAGAAGCCUGAGGCUGUCGUGCACGCCAUGAAGGUCCUGGAGGUACAUGAGAAUCUGGACCGGCAGCUCCAGGACAGCUGCGAGGAGGACCUGAGUGAGAAGGAGAAGGCCAUCGUUCGCGAGAUGUGCAACGUGGUCUGGAGAAAGCUGGGAGAUGCAGCCAGCUCCAAGCCCUCCAUACGGCAGCACCUGUCUGGGAACCAGUUCAAGGGGCCUUUGUAGGGCCACUCUUCUGUGGACGUGGACUGGCCCUGCUGGGAGUCCCCAGGGGGAGUUUCAGGCCCCAGACACGGGCAGGACCUCCAGUCCAGCCCUUGUCUUCUUUCUCUGUGGUGAACUGUACAUAGGACGCUGCCCGCCCUGGCCCAGCUGCCAUGGCUCCGAUGCACUGGCCCAGCUGCCAUCUCCCGCCUCACACACCAGCAACCUGGGAAGGAGACGCCGCGGCCGUUCCUGCAGCAGAGCAGCCCGGACGCCUUGUUCCCUCUCUGGGCCCCGAGCCCUGAGCCCCAUGAGCAGGAGGCUGCUUCUGAGAUCCAGCCUGGGGACUGUCCAGGCUCCUGUGUCCCGCCUGGGAUGGAGGGGCCACUCAUCAAACCCUCUACUCCCCGGCUGCCACCCACACUGGACGGACAGCACCGCUACCUGGGUCUUGACACAGGUGGUACCACUUCUCGCCCACGUGCCGUGGCCUGGCCCACCAAGCACUGGGUCCCCGGCACGUGGACAAGGCCGCUCACCAUGUCUGUGGCUGGCUGGAGGCUGCCCUGGGCCCUUCCUGUGACCCCAUAUCUGGAGCUCAGGGUGCCCUCACCCCUGGGGAUCUGCACCCAGCCACCCAAUGCCUGCUGCUCCUUGCUUUUGGAGGUCAUCCCCCUCCCCCACAGUCUCUGCAAUGUCCCCCUGCCACCCUGUCCAGGCUAUGCCCUUUUUGGGCUCCUCCUGCCCCAUGCCUGGGGCACGUCCCUAUUUGUGGUUUACAUGACAGGCCAGUAACAUAGGAAGGGCCUGGGGAGAGUUUCUGGGCUGAGCCAUAUGUGAUUUUCCUGAUGGGCAGCACUGGGCCACAGCUGGGGCUCUGGUUGGCUGUGACCUCCCCCAGGGCCUGGCUGCAUCUCGGGUCCCUGUGGACAGAGCUCUCCGGGCUGCAGAUGAGAGCUGUUCUUUUUGGGAAGGAGGGGGUCUGGUCAGGUUCUGCCUUUAGUUUGUGGUGUGACCUUUAGCAGUUCACUCAGCCUCUCUGGGAUCUUGGUGGAAACAGGGCUCUGAGGUUCCUUUCAGCCAUGCUUAUGGCUUCAGGUCAUCCGGCACACACAGGGCAGGGGUCCUCACUGGGGGGUGUGAGCCGACAGCUGACCUGCUGGAGAGGCCAGAGGGCGGCCGGACGGAGCUGAGUGCCGCUGCCUUGCCGUCGCUGCGGGUGGACGGUUGCCUCCCCACUCUGAGCCCGUGUUCUUCGUUGUAAAAUCGGCAGCAGAAGGCCCUCCUCACAGGAUUCUGGGAUCAAGUGAGAUCUUCCGUGUAAAUGACCAUGUACAAACUGUAAAGUGCAAUAGAAAAUGUGGUGUGUGAGGAAAAUAAGGCCGAGGGGGUAAGUGAUGUGUGGCACAUGACGGGAGAUCCCAGAGCCGCAGUGCGGGGACAGGCGCUUCCCCACACCCGCUCACGCCGCUGUAAGCAGCCCUGGCUCUUGAGUCCAGGACCUCACCAGGUCCUCAUUAGACUCCUGUGGUCUUCCAGCAGGUGCUCAGAACCCCACCCGAAGAGCCCAGGGAGGCUGCGGUCCUACCCAGCAGGUCUCACACAGGCCCACGGCUGGGGAUGCAGGCAGGAGGAGGGAGGUGGCUGCCCUGCCCCUCUCCCGAGCUGGCGGCUCUAUCCUGAGCAGUUCUCGCGGCCUGUUUGCUCUCAGGGGAAAGGCUCACGCCCCCCAUCUUAGCCCCAGGGCUGCAAGUGGGUGCUGGUGAUGGGAUGGUGUGGUGCUCCUGCUGUGGGUGCUGGUGAUGGGAUGGUGUGGCACUCCUGCUGUGGGUGUCGCCAGGAGGCUCUUUGGAUUCUUUGGGAAGGAGUGUCACCCGGUCAGGUGGUACGCUCCCCGGUCACUAGCGGUGUACACGGGAAGUGGGGUGAACACCUGCUGCUCAUGGUACCCAGUGAUUCUUGCCCGAGUGGGCAGUUGGGCAGACGCCCUUCUGGGUCUUGGAGUCCAAAGAACCGCAGAGUAGCCCAAGGGGUGUGGGUCAAUUCUGAGUGGAAGCCAAGUCUGGGAGCCCGUGUGCAUCAUGUUUGGGUCAGGUUGGCUUGGCCACCACUGAAAUAAGCAAUAAGUCCGGGCUCCUGGUACCUGCGGAUCUCCUGCAGACAGGCCCAGAGAACAGCCUUGAAGCCACCUUUCCCCCUCACGGGGACUGACCCUGUCUUUAAUGCUGCAGUGGCAUCCAGGAUCAGUGGAAUGUUGCUUUGAGAACCCUCCUGCCUGUUACAGAGGCAGCACAAAGCUGGUGCCCCCUGGGCCAACACGGCACUGGGAUGGCUUUCUAGGACAGAACUCUGUUGGUGACAGUCACAUCUCAAACUAAUAGCUGAUUUUAAAAGCCAGCAGCAGCGACGCCACGUACCUGAAUACAGGUGGCGGUUGCAGAGCCGUGCGCUGUAGAGGGUCAGAUGGGCCUUCCCACAGGGGAACCCUGGGGGCACUGCAGCUCAGGGUGACUCCCGGCUCUGUCACUAGCAGGGAGGGCAACCCCUUCCUUCUGGAGCCUUAGCUCUGAAAGCCCCCAGUGGGGGUGCCCUUUCAGAUGCCCCCUUUCCAUUUCGAAGGCUCUGAUGCUUGAUCUUGAAGCCGGAUGCGGCACUGGCACUCGGCUUCCGUUUCCACUGUGACAGACGGAGGUCUCCUUUCUAGCCCCAGCCCAGCGGCCAAGCCCAUCCUGGCCUUAGAACAUGCUGAGCACAUUUUGUAGGGUGGCACCUUUCUAUCCAAGUUACUAGCUACACGUCAGUGUUUAAAGAGAAAAAAGUGACCUUUCAUUUUUUUUUCUUGAAACUUGAGGAAACAAGAUACAUACUACUGAUUUUUUUUUUUUUUUCUUAAAGAAAACUAAAUGCAUGACUGCAGAGCGGUAGAGGUGUAUAUUUUUCAUACCGUGGGGGGAAAGUAUUUGUGCUGCUUUUUGGAGAUGGACUGGAACGUCUGGUUUCUGUCCCCGGGCCCGGCAGCUACGUCUUAUUUUCUGUAGAAGGUGCCACAGUGAGACCCGGAGCCACCCCUUCCUGCCCUGGCGCCGUUUAGAGCUGGGAGCCUGUGGACUCCCGGCCUGUUUCUACCUUCUAUUCAACCACUCUGACGUGGGGAGACAAGAAUAGAACUUUUUGAUAGUGUGGUAAACACAUUGAUUUGAACUAUUUUAGUAAAAGGAGUAAUAAACAAGAUUGUGAUAGUGUCUACUUUGAGCUAGAUAAAUAAAGGCCUCUUUGUGAGCCUC